AUGCAUAGUGGUGCAACAGACAGCAUGAACAACGAAAACGAUGAAAUUUCUCGCGCGAGCGCAGAUUUCAACGGCGACAAGAGCUAUGUAAACAACGAAACUACUCGUUUUGACGCGAGUGCAGAUUUCAGCGGAAACAAGAGCGAAGAUUUCAGCGGCGACAAGAGCGCAGAUCUCAAUGAUGACAAGGGAACAGAUUUCAACGGCGACAUGAGCACAGAUCUCAGCGGCGACGAGAGCUACGUAAGUGACGAAACUUCCCGCAUGGACGCGAGCGUAGAUUUCAACGGUGACAAGAGCCGUGUAAACAACGAAAUUUCCCGCAUGGACGCGAGCGUAGGUUUCAGCGGCGACAAGAGCGAAGAUUUCAACGGUGACAAGAGCCGUGUAAACAACGAAACUUCCCGCAUGGACGCGAGCGUAGAUUUCAACGGCGACAAGAGCGAAGAUUUCAACGGCGACAAGAGCCGUGUAAACAACGAAACUUCCCGCAUGAACGCGAGCGUAGAUUUCAGCGGCGACAAGAGCGAAGAUUUCAACGGCGACAAGAGCCAUGUAACCGACGAAACUGCUCGCAUUGACGCGAGUGCAGAUUUCAGCGGAGACAAGAGCGAAGAUUUCAGCGGCGAUAAGAGCUAUGUAAACGACGAAACUGCUCGCAUUGACGCGAGUGCAGAUUUCAGCGGAAACAAGAGUGAAGAUUUCAGCGGCGAUAAGAGCUAUGUAAGCGACGAAACUGCUCGCAUUGACGCAAAUGCGGAUUUCAGUGGAGACAAGAGCGAAGAUUUCAGCGGCAAUAAAAGCGAAGAUUUCAGCGGCGACAAAAGCCAUGUAAACGACGAAACCGCUCGCAUUGACGCGAGUGCAGAUUUCAGCGGAGACAAGAGCGAAGAUUUCAGCGGCGACAAGAGCUAUGUAAACGACAAAACUGCUCACAUUGACGCGAGUGCAGAUUUCAGCGGAGACAAGAGCGAAGAUUUCAGCGGCGGCAAGAGCUAUGUAAACGACGAAACUGCUCGCAUUGACGCGAGUGCAGAUUUCAACGGAGACAAGAGCGAAGAUUUCAGCGGCGGCAAGAGUGCAGAUUUCAACAGCGACAUGAGCACAGAUCUCGGCGACGAUAAGAGCUAUAUAAAUAACGAAACUCCUCGCAUUGAUACAAGCGCAGAUUUCAGCGGCAGCAAGAGCACAGAUCUCAAUGGCGACAUGAGCGCAGAUCUCAGCGACGACAAGGGCUAUGUAAAUAACGAAACUCCUCGCAUUGAUGCAAGCGCAGUUUUCAGCAGCGGCAAGAGCGCAGAUUUGCGUGAUAGUGAUAAAGUUUCGGACGAUAUCGUUUCGGAAAUUCUUCCAAUUGUAAAUGCCGAUUCAUUAAGCAGAAAUGUAGAAGGUGGACGACGCAGGAGAUCACGACCAGGCACAUCGUCGUCUGGAUUGAAUAGUGUUAAGAGAAAACGUAGAGAUAUCAAAAGUAAUCGUUUUAUUGGUUAA